UAAUUCCAGGUUUUGGUCAUGUCGCUGUCUCUGGCUGUUUCGCUGUCCGUUGCCAAAAUUUGAUGGUCUUGCUCGCGUCGACGCGUCAUCUGCAGCUGUUUGUAUAUUUCGCAAUAAUAUACUCACAGCAUCGUCUAUAUCAGUGGCCACGUUGAUCUCAGUUGCAGGUGUAUGGAGUUUUCAAGUGUCGUCUGGAAGCAUCUGACAUCAGCGCCUCUGGCCAACAGCCUGGAAUUGACUCUGUGACAGCGCAAAUUUGUAUUUACACUAUCGCAGAGUUCAAUCAUAAGCGGCAAAUGGUCAGAGCUCAGGUCAGUGCUGGACAAAAUGUUUGUGAUUUUGCCAUCAAUGCCACUGGUGAUGGCAAAAUCAAUGGCCGACGGGCGCUUCCUACUGUCGUGCGGAUAAUGGGUGGCACCACCGGUGGCCAGGACAUUGUACCUGCGGCUUGCAUGGAUAGCCUCGUACAAUGCCCUUCCCUCUGGCACGCACGUGGAUUUCCCCACCAUGAAUGCUUGGCAUUCCAGUCCCCGCAUAGGAGGAAGCGGGCCGCUGUAUCACCAGAUUUCAACAGUAUUGGUGCGCAUUGGAUCGAGUCUUCGUUUAUUGGCUGUAGUGCCGAAUGCCUGAUGCCACAACGUAUCAUGAGGGCAGCACCUCCUUUGCGGUGUGUGUUCGGAUUGACGGCAAAGUAAGUUACGAAUCCCGGCAAUUCGAACACACUGUCGUUGAUUGGCGCUCGUAUUUCGGCAUUCCAGAAAGCUAUUUUAAGGGGCUCUUGGCUAACUGGAUCUGAGAGCAUUCUGGUUCUUGGGAUUGAACCUGGGCCAGAGGCCAGGCUCGGAUACAAUGUAGCGUCAUUUAUAUGAUUAUGCAUUAUAAAUUUGAUCAUUUGCUGAAGUGUAAUCGACGUCCAUAAUAGCGUCAUUUAUUUGCGAGUACUGGUUUGAAUAUAUUUUGUUUAAAUUGUUUUUAAUUGAUUCUUUUCCUUGCAUAUGAAGGAACGCAUUAAACACAUUAAACAACGA